CCCGGAUGGAAGCUCCGGCCGCGGAGUGAUGGUGGCCUCAGCGAAGAUGGGCCGGGCAGGGACCAUGGCGGUGGCAGCAGAGGUGGCAGGGGCGGGGCGGCUGGCGGUAGAGGAGGCUGUGGUCCUCAGGGGGCUGUAGGUGGAGGUAUGGCUCGGGCCAGCAGCGGGAACGGCAGCGAGGAGGCCUGGGGGGCACUUCGGGCGCCGCAACAGCAGAGUCCGGCAGCGUCUUCUCUUGAGGGAGCAAUUUGGAGAAGAGCUGGAACCCAGACUCGCGCCCUGGAUGCCAUCCUUUAUCAUCCACAGCAAUCCCAUCUGCCCUUCAGAUAUUUCAACACUCCUCUCAGCAUCCUCCACUUCCCCCAUCUCUCCAAGCUGAACUUGGUUCACAGGCUUCGAGAGCUGUGCCCAGGAGUGAACAACCAGCCCUAUCUCUGUGAGAGUGGUCACUGCUGCGGGGAGACUGGCUGCUGCACCUACUACUAUGAGCUCUGGUGGUUCUGGCUGCUCUGGACUGUCCUCAUCCUCUUUAGCUGCUGUUGCGCCUUCCGCCACCGACGAGCUAAACUCAGGCUGCAACAACAGCAGCGGCAGCGUGAAAUCAACUUGUUGGCCUAUCAUGGGGCAUGCCAUGGGGCUGGUCCUUUCCCUACCGGUUCACUGCUUGACCUUCGCCUCCUCAGCACCUUCAAGCCCCCAGCCUAUGAGGAUGUGGUUCACCGCCCAGGCACACCACCCCCGCCUUAUACUGUGGCCCCAGGCCGCCCCUUGACUGCUUCCAGUGAACAAUCCUGCUGUUCCUCCUCAUCCAGCUGCCCUGCCCACUUUGAAGGAACAAAUGUGGAAGGUGUUUCCUCCCACCAGAGUGCCCCCCAUCAUCAGGAUGGUGAGCCUGGGGCAGGGGUGACCCCUGCCCCCACACCCCCCUCCUGCCGCUAUCGCCGUUUAACUGGCGACUCCGGUAUUGAGCUCUGCCCUUGUCCUGCCUCCGGUGAGGGUGAGCCAGUCAAGGAGGUGAGGGUUAGUGCCACCCUGCCAGAUCUGGAGGACUACUCCCCGUGUGCACUGCCCCCAGAUUCUGUACCGCAGAUCUUUCCCAUGGGGCUGUCUUCCAGUGAAGGAGACAUCCCAUAAGUAGUUUUGAGAGGGUGGAUGGGUUACUUGCCCACCAGAAACAGUCCUAGUCCCAACUCCUUGCAUUCCUUUUGGCCCCUCCCUGCCUACCUAGAAUCUGCCUGAAAGGGCUGGAGCCCUGAGGAGAGGGGCAGUAUUGGGGGACUGUGCUAGCUUUACCCCCGCAAGACAUACACAGGAGCCUUUGAUCUCAUUAAAGAGAUGUGAACCAGCUA